AUGGAACAAAACUUACAGGAGAAACCCAAAGUGAUUAACUUAUCAAAGAAAACUCUAUACGUAACAAAAAUCAAUAUACUAGCCAAAGGUUUAAAGUUCACCCCAACCCUACGAAGAUCUAACCAUAAUGAAAUUAAUGACAAUAUUCUGCAGAAAACUAUACCCGCAGAAGCACUAACUGACUAUGACAAUGAAGAUGAAUCACUAGUCAAAAACAGUAGUAAUUACCUUCCACAUAAGGGUAGGAAUAAAACACUGGAUGACUUCUGCAACCAUAUCCAAAAUUUCCCCUACACAUCCAUUAAACAAAAAAUUAAUCCUAACCUCAACAAUCUAGAAUGGAAAAAUCGGACUGAACUACAAAACCACAAAGACCUGACAAUUAAAGAAGCUGACAAAGGAAGUGCUGUAGUUCUGAUGGACACAGAACACUAUAAAAAACUAGUACCAUCCAUACUAGAAAACGAGGCCUUCUACGAAAAAGUUAUAAACUAUAAACAACAAAAAACAAUGAAAAAUCUUGCAUCCUUAAUUCUUCUACAUGGAAAAGGCCCGAGAGAAAAAGAAACAGACUACAUCACGAACUUCAAAUGUAAACCCAGUCUUUUUUACGGCCUCCCUAAAAUACACAAAAGCAAGAUAAUCAAUGAAGCCUGCAAACAGUCACCAGGCAAAUGUAUAAAUAUCCAAACGCCAGAAGACUUGACUUUAAGACCCAUUGUCGCUGGGCCGGCCUGUGAAACCCACCGCCUAAGCAAUUUUCUAGACAUCCUACUGAAACUCUUGCUGAAAUACUUCAAAAGUUUCAUUAGAGAUGAUUUAGAUAUGCUAGAACACCUACCAAAAACGAUUAAUGAAGAAGCAGUUUUGGUCACCCUCGAUAACAAUUAUUUCCUAUUUGGUGACACAUACUAUCGUCAGAAAUGCGGAAUUGCGAUGGGAACGAAAGCAGCUCCUGUUGUUGCGAACCUAAUAAUGGCUUAUUUUGAAUUCACCUUAUAUGAAAUAUCACUUCAGAAAAAUUGUUACCCAUUUUACCUCUACAUAAGAGAAAAUUGGAAGAGAUACCUAGAUGACUGCUUUAUCAUUUGGAAGGAGAAUAACGACAAAAUUUUGGACUUCAAAUCAACACUAAAUGAUAUAAAUAAUUUGGUUUGCUUUCUUAUCUUCCCUACAUCACCUCUUGCUCAUCACAUGGCUUCAAGAUGGCAUGGUCAGGGACGUGGUAAUUUCCCUCUUCCUUCUAGGAUGCGAGAUUAA